AUGUCGUGGAAAGCUAGGAAAGGCUUCCGGUCAGGAUUUCAGAGCCAGCAGCAGGCACCUGUCCCUUCCAACACGGGGACAGCAGAAGGCCUUGCCUCCAAGCUCAAUGUUGCUGUGAGGACCAGUAAUAGCAAAGAUGUGCUGGAGUUGCUGGAGAAAGGGGCAGAUGUGAAGUCCAAAGCAGGGAGUGGCUGGACACCACUGCAGAGUGCUGGGUGAGCUAACAAGGAGGGUCUGGCCCGGCUUCUGCUGGAUGAGGGUGCUUGCCCACGUGCCAGGAAGGGUAAUGGUGGCACCAUGUUUCCUGAGGCAGCGAUCGUGGGAGACGUGGACGUACUGGCGCUCCUCCUCAGUCAUGGGUUAUAUAUUGAUCACCCUGACUACAAUAGCUUCACAGCUUUUGGAGAGGCUGCAGUGUCCCUCUAUAACAAAGGAGCCCUGAGGUCCCUCUAUAGCAAAGGAGCAAGUGUGAAUUUGAGGAGGAUGGUUAGCCAGUAGAAAGCAAAAUUGCAUAAAGGAGGGGCAACAGCACGUAGGAGGGGCUACUUCUCCAUUGUGAAAACUCUUGUCCAAGAGAUGGAGGCUGGCCUGAGCAUUUGUGACAACAAAGAUAGGAAUGCCUUGAUCCAUGCCCUCAGGGAGGCUGGUUGUGCUUCCAUAAGGCAUUUCCUUCUGGACAAGGGUGUGGAUGUGAACAGCAGAGGUGAAGGUGGGGAAGCUGCCCUCAUCCUAGCUGUUGAAAUACAGGACCCAGAUUUGGUGAAAGCUUUACUGAAAAAGAGUGAAAUAGAUAUUGACGAUGCAGAUGAGGAGGAGAACAUGGCACUGGUGACGCCCAUAGAGAAAAAUGACUACAAUAUAGCAAAGCUGUUGCGUGAAAAAGGAGCAAGGACUGAUGCUGGGAACCUUAUUUGCAAAUAGAACCUUGAGUAGAACCUUGCUCAUAACAUGGCAUGUCUUCUUCACUAGUAUAAUGCCAGGAUUGUUCCAGAGACCCUCAAAGACUGGGAGCCAAUGAGCAAAUGCUGGAGAGUCCAGCUCAAAAAACUUUGUAAAAUUUAUCACUCUACAAUGGGCAAACUGAAGACAUUUCGAUACAUCCAGCAGAGAAUCCAGAACGCUUGCCAGGGUGGCAUCUACUUGGGCAUCCACGGUGGGGUGGAAUUAGCAGUAAGAAUAAGCUGCUGUACAGAGGGUGACAAAGAGAAAAUGUUCUUGGAACAAGGUGAUGACUAUGAACAUCUACUGAAGCUCUUCCGGUCCGAGAAGGCAAGAGGCUACACGUAUUUGUGCUUCCCCCUCUGGGAGAAAAACCUUGAAGAACAUCUGCAGGAACCAGAGGACCAAAUGUCUUACAAAGAUGCUCUGAGGAUGAUCAUUCAGGCUGUGAGAGAGCUGCACUCCCUUGGCUUUGCUCACCAGGAUCUACAUCCCAUCAGCUUUUUAAGAGAUUUAGGUGGCAAAAUUUACUUGUCGGACUUUGAUAACAAAAGGAAGUUUAUUGAAGGCAAAAAGCUUUCUUUGAGGGUCUCUGGAACAAUCCUCAGCAGGCUCGUGCUAUGUGUUUUAACAGGGGGUAGGAAAGCCCUUCAGUAAGUCGGUACUGAGGAUCUGGGUGUUGACUCCCCAGAUUACGAGGAGGGUCUGGACCUGGCUGGGCUCCUUCAGCCUCUU